AUGUCAACCGUCGCCUACGGCGAGUACCAGAAAUACGUUGACGCGAUCGGCUGUCGACUCGUCGACUUGGCGCCCCGUUGGCGCGAACUCGUACCCGCGGCUGUGGUGGGUGCAUUUGUACGACUGGAAAUUAUCCUGGACUUUGACGGUCUAGCGGAUCGCCGUGCGAGGUUGGGAUUGGUCGAAGGCGAGGCCGGUCCCACGAAACUGUGGCCGUUCGUGUACGAGAACGACGCCCACGAAAUCGAUAAGCUGCUGAGUGCCCUCGGACUUAUCCGGCGUGCCCAGCUGAUCAAGUGCGAGUGCACGGAUGGUCACUUUGACGCAGCGAUUUCCCUGGUGGGUGUUUUGGGAUGUGACGCACACACCACCGCGAAUGUCGCGGAACCACCGGUGCUGCGCCUGCUACUCGCCAGCGCCAACACCGUGUGGCCACCGGACCUGGUGGUCCGGUUGGGUGCCUUGCAACACUGGCCCUUUGUGUUUGUUGAGGAGUUCUGCAUCACGUCCCCCACCAGCACACUGGACGUUUUGGUGUACACGGAUCCAAACUUUCAGUUUGCACUCGACAAGAUCAUCGAUGUGGUUCGCGACUACAUUGUGGGGGCGGUCGAAGGGCUCUAUUUGUCGGGAAAUGUGGAAAGGUACGAGCUUGCGUGUGCGGAUCAGGCGUACAUGGGGUUAACUGACGCGGAUGUGAUCCAGUGCGUGACACACCCGUGGGGCAGUGCGGAGGAUGCGCUGGCCAUCCGUGACGCGGACGUUCCGUAUGAACUUCGCCGGAGUAUGUAUCUGACGAGCAGCGCCAGUGUGCCACUUCAAAUAUUUCGGCUGCAACGCGCACAGCACAAGCUGGGGCUGGCGCCUACCUGUGGCAACUUUUGUUUCUGGGUGCUCGGAAUCGAGAACUUGGAUGUGAUACUAGCGGAAGAUUGCAAGAGCAAGUUUUUGGACGAAUACACGGACUACCAGCUGCAGUUGCAGGACGCGCUGUACGAUAACCGAGAUGCGGACGUCAACGCGUUGGGCGCAGUGAUCAAGCAGCGCGUAUUGGAAGACAUUGAUGGAUAUCUACCGCAGUGGCCGUGGCUUGCAUCGAAAUAA